CCUACACAUGCGAUUUAUUCUUCAUCCACUAUUUUCUUUCCCUUGUCUCUCUCGCGCCUUGCCGAGUAUGCAAUCGUCCGACAGUCGGCCUGACAAUGGCUGAAGCCUUGGAUGCGGUUGGCCUCAUCGCGAAUAUCGUCCAACUUGUCGACUUCUGCGGCAAAUGCAUAUCCAAGACCGUCGAGCUGCGUCACUCAAAUAGUGGCAUUCUCGACGAAAACGCUGCCAUUGAGUUUGCUCUCAACCACAUUGCCUCACUCCGGGAGGAGGUCGAAGUCGGCGCCAUUGGUACCUCCGACGCCUCGCUCCAUGAACUCUGCGGGGCAGUCGCCGCAGCAAGUUCGGAGCUCUCGAGAGUGUUAGCAAAGGUGAAGGUCCAGGGCGACAAGACGAGAUGGAAGACCAUGCGGAAAGCAAUUAGAAGUGCCUGGAGCAAAGAAGAGAUCCAGAACCUUGAGCACAGACUCGCCGGAUUCCGAGAUAACCUAAACUUACAUGUCACGGUCAGAACUAGGCGGCAGCUCGAAAGCUUAGGAGAUGAGAUCGAGUCUCAUUUCGGAGAAAUCGGCCAGAGAGAGAGGGCCAUUCUUGACUCCAUCACCCAUCAACGUGACCUCUUUGCUACUGCUUUGUGAGGACCAGAAAGUCCUCAUUUGGGCCAUCUCUGAGAAGACCACACACAAAAUUGAAGAAAGCCACGAGACAACGCGCAGGGAGGUCCAGCAAGCAAUAGCAAAAUCAGCUGCGUCUACCCAAUAUGAACACGAUCAGACGAGACAAGAGAUUCGAUCCGAAGGGAAACAAGCAGAAAUAAGGAGCCAAGAAUCCUAUAAUGCCACAGCUAAAAGGAUAGAGUCGACUGAGCUGGAAAUAAUCAGCUCCAUCGAGGCGGCCGGCGAUGCUAACCAAGUUGAACAUGCCAACACCCAAAGAGAGAUUGCGAAGCUUAAAGGAGCUUUGCAAGCAUUAUCGGAGCAGAUAGAAUCGCGUAACCAGGAGCUUAAAAGUUUACUGUCAGCAUUCAACCUAUCGAAGAGCAAGAAGAAAAGGGAACAAUUCUCCGAAUGGAGUAAUGCAGUCACUGCGGCCCUACUUGCUCUUGAGACAAUGUACAGGAGUCUGAAGGAAGUGUUAUCUAGCUUGCAGGCCCGCGCCAAAGAGCUGCUGGACAAGACACAAACAAGCGGCUUCUCGACGAUCAUUCGCUACGCUCACAGAGUCUCAGAUUCGCCAACGAGCCAUGAUAGCAGACUUUCAAUAGACUUGAUACAAAGACGGACAGACGUUGGAGAUGCAGAUGCCGACCCUACCGCCUUACAUAAAUCUGCAGCCAUUUGGACUGGCCAUGAUAUGUAUUUUGGGUGUUUUUAUAGAUGUGCAAUUCAACAACAGCGCCUUGUCAAUUCUGAUGACAUGAACAGGAGGUGGAAGUUCCAAAACCAGCUCCGCAUCGACCAAGCUUCUUCGUCGAACUUUGAGGGAUUCGUGGUUGAUGAGAGGCCUUGCAGUAGCUCGUGGCUAUGGCUCUUUGCAUCUGUCACCCUUGCGCUAGAAGCACACUUGUCGCCGGAAGGAAAGGCAUUCGAGCUUUUGUCAACAACAUUGGAUCAGUUUCAACGCUUCAGACCGAAGAAUACUUAUUCCACGGGAUCUUUCAGCGGACGACUAAAGGCGGAUAUGAGAUACUGGAGUGCGUUUGCAACCAUGCGAGGCAUGAAACAAAGCAUAAGCGGAGGUCAAAUCCACCUUGAGUCUCUCAAUGUUCGCCAAAAAGACGAUUUAUACAACCUCAUCCGCUUGUUGGUUGGCGAGUGGCCGGAGGUAAGGGCAAGAGACAGGCCGGUGCCGGUGUCAGUUGAGCAGGACGGUCCAGCCACAACCAUCGCUAGGAGCCUGUCCAACAUGGGGCUUCCUGUUUCUCUGAUUGACCAACAAGAGAAGGCCCAAUCUUUACCUUUGGUGACAAUUCAAUCCGGGGGACCAACUAUCUACUGA